GGCAAGCGGGCAGCGGGGGGGCCCCGCCGCCGUCUGAGCAUGCUCGGGCGUGGGCAGCCCGGGCUAUAUAGGAGCCGUGCCGAGCCGUACCGAGCCCAGCCGCUCUGCUUGGGGCAGGGGGGGACGGGAGAAGGGCUCCGCAUCGCCCGGCUCGGCUCCGAUCGCAUCCCAUCCCACAGCCCGGCACCGCAGCGCUCCCGGGGCACCGCUCGGCUCCCAGCACCCGGCUCGGCUCCGCUCCUCUUUUCUCCUCUCCUCUCCAUCUCCCCGGCUCCGUUCGGCUCCCAUCUCCCCGGCUCCUCGCCGCUUUCCCCCCCGCCGGGACCCGGCUCCCGGCACGGCCGAGGCAGCGCCCCCCGCCCCGCCGGCUCCGGCGGCGCCCCCCGGCCCGGCCCCGGCUCGGUGCCCCCCGGCGGAGGGCAGGAUGGCCGCCAAACCCUCCGAGCUGCUGGGCGUCUGCUCCAGCUACCAGGCGGUGAUGCCGCACUUCGUCUGCGUGGCCGAGGAGUUCCCCCCGCCCGCCCGGCCGGCCCGAGCCCCCCGGGGCAAGCUGCGGCGGCCGCGGCAGUCGCGCUUCAAGACGCAGCCGGUGACUUUCGACGAGAUCCAGGAGGUGGAGGAGGAAGGGGUGUCCCCCAUGGAGGAGGAGAAGGCCAAGAAGUCCUUCCUGCAGUCCCUCGAGUGCCUGCGGCGCAGCACCCAAAACCUCAGCCUGCAGCGGGACCGCCUGGGCAGCUGCCGCCUGCGCAACAGCCUCGACUCCAGCGACUCGGACUCGGCCCUCUGAGGUUGGCCCGGCUCUGCCCGGCUCGGCACGGCUCGGUGGGACUGCUCCCGGCAGGGACCCGGCCGCAGGGAGGCUCGGCGGGGCGCCCGGCGGGCCGGGCUGUGCUCUGAGAAAGCGCUUCUUGUACCUGCGGCUCUGUUCGGCUGUACCAAACUCUCCGUCUGAGACACACACACACACACACACAAAAAAAAGAAAAAAAAAAUCUUUUUUCUAUUCGUUAGAAGAAAUACGAGCUGUUUUAGAUGCAUCGAGCUGCUGGACUUUAUAUUUAUUUUUGCAUUUAAACUGUUGACUGCGUUAAUUUAAUAUGUUUCUACCUGAAUGUCUGUUAUUAUUUCCAUAAAAGAGUAAUAAAAUCCGAUAUAUUUGCACAGUA